GCUGACAGCUGCACGGCUCUAUGGCGAUACUUUCACAGAUUGAACACACUGCAAAACAUUUCAAGGACGAUUGCAGGAUGUUAGAGAGUCUCAUCACUCAGAACCUCAUUUUAAAAUUUGGCAUAAACUUAAUUUCUCAGAAGAAUUACCUCAAAACAAACCAUUCUUACCAUUGUAAGAAUGACGAUGGCAAACUAACCCUAAAACCUCUAUGGUCUUGUUCAGGAUGUGAUUCUGUGAAGCUGUGGCUCCAUCUAGGGGUGAAAACUGCAAAAUGUUCUGCUCUGGACACAUCCAACAUGGCUGCUCCCAUGCAGACGUUUGUUGGAUUGUUGUUAGCAGGAAGAAGCUGCAAACCAUGAAUGACAGCAGGUAAACCAUGUGCAUAGCUACAAUGGAUGCAAAGGAAAUAGUCCAUUAUGCUCUUCAGUUAGAGAAAUCGAAUUCAGAGGGAAGCUAUGGGGACAUCAAGUCUCUCCUUGGAGACCUUGAGCAGUCUCACAUCACAGCCGAGCAGCUGGAAACAACAGAUAUCGUCAAAGUGCUGUACAGGCUCCUGAAAACCUGCUCGGACGAAAGUGUGAAGAAGACACUCAAGAGCUUGUUGUCCAAGUGGAAGAGACAGUACAGCAAAGAUGUGAAAGGAGGGAAAGGCACGGAGGAUCCUGAGAUAACUUCUUCAGCAGAAGAGGCGAGAGAUGGUAAACUUUCCGACAAUUUCCAUUCAGAUUUAGGACAAAGGUGUGACAGUAAGGAGGCUGCAGAACAGGAAGCAACAUCUCUACAGGCUAAACCGGGCCUUCAGACUUCUGCAUCUUCUGAUUCCGUUCGAAGCAAAUGUGUUGAGCUCCUCCUCGCUGCCCUCCAACCCGAACCUCCCGAUGGAGACAAAGCUGCAGAGUUAGCCGGACACAUCGAGCAGCACAUCCACAAGCUCCACAAACCCAACCAGGUCAAAUACAAAGCCUGUGUGAGGAGCAAGGUGGCCAACCUGAGGAACCCAAAAAGCAGACACCUUCGUCAGAGCCUCAUCAGCGGCUCCCUGCGUCCGGAGGACUUCGCCCAGAUGUCUGCGCAGGAGAUGGCCGGCGAGGAGCUCCGGCAGCUGAGGGAGGAGUAUUCAUCCAAGGGGGUGAGCGAGAGGCAGCUUCCUCAGGGGGUAGAAGGGACGCAGACGCAGAAGAUUCGCUGCAAAAGAUGUGGCGGAUCAGACUGCAGGGUGACGCAGGUGUCCAGAGGCGCCCUGUUCUUACCUGCAUGGGUGAGGAGCAGCGGCCCCGACGACGACGCCAUGACCUUCGUGACCUGCAGCAGAUGUGGACAGCAGUGGUACCAUAGCGGCUGGACCUGCCUCUAGACCAGACACUGCAGUGAUGAACCAAGAGAACUAUCAGUUAAUCAGGAAUGGAAACAACAGACCUACAAAAGCAUUUGUUUUCAGAUUCAUGUAUAAUUCAGUUUCCAUGCACUAGAAUUAUCACAAAAGAAGGAUCAGUUUCUCUUGUUUUCUCGAUUAAGUCUAUAAAGUCCUCAUUUCCUUGUGUCUAAGCUGACAUAUUCAUUUUUCUUGUCCAAAAUGCCAAGAAAUUCUUCACAAAAGACUAAAACCAAAAAAAAUUUAAGAUCUGGAACAGUUAAUUCUUUUAAUUUGCAUUUUGCCUUAAUAAUAACUUUUCUAAUGUAUUAAGCUCUGGUGUAUGUUCAACAUUGUGUGACGUUAGCCUCAUAUGAGUUCCUUUUCCUUUCAUUAUGCUGUUAUGUGGACUGAGAAUUGUUAGAAUUCUUCACCACAAUUGGGAAAGAGUUGUGCUCUUCCUGUUUUUAAUGUUUAUUUUACUGCCACAUUGAAAAUAACAGAACGAGAGACUUUCCUGAAACCAAAUACGUUUUUUUUUUUACCUUGGUAGCAUGCCCCAACUACAUUUUCUGGUACAAACAUCAGUCAACGCCAUUUCUGACCAUUUGUACCUUGAAACUGCAGCUUUAUAAACAUGAAUUCAACACUUUUUGGUUCUUGAAGACGUUUCACCUCUAAUUAAAGAACCUUCCUCAGUUCUGAUUGACUCUUACCCUUAAAUUUCAUGACUAAUGGCUUGUUAACAACCCAAGAAUCUCACGAUGCGACAUCUGAAUGGCUUUGAAACUAUCUGGUGAUAGAUCUCAAGGCUGCUUUCUAAGUACCUGAUUGGAUAUUGUAGACCAUCUCCUCUGUUUACAGUUGGAUGUUCCAGUCCAGUCUGUCUUUUCUGUUUAGAAUGUAAGCAACGCUCUGAGACAAAAGUAGGUUACCUGAAAGAUAAAACACCCAAACAAAAGCUGAACAACGUUGUAUCUGCAGUCCAGUGCAGCUCCUCAGAGCAAGACUCCUCAGUCCACCUGCAUCUAAAGGAAAAUUAAGACACUCAUUUGAGGGCAGGAAUGUCUCUCUAAACCAAGGUGGUAGUCUAGGAUGCCACUUAUCAGGUAUUUAGAAUGCAGUCUUGAGAUCCUUCGCCAGACAGUUUCACCACUUUUCGCAGCCUGAGUCAUGCUUCACCUGGCAGUUUCACAGCCAUUUACAAGCUGCCAUUGUGUCAUGCAGAGCAACUUUACAGGUGAAAUGGUGUGCUUGAGCUGCAAUGGGUGGAGAGAGAUGGAUGCACAAAGAAGCAGGGACUUCAUGCAUCUGCAUAUUCAAGAGUAAACGAUGUAGAGUUACAUCUGAGCCAUUUAUGGCACUGGGGUAAUAUUUUCAUCAACAAAUAUCUAAGUUUGAUUCACAGAGAUGAGUUUUUAGGGGUCGGAUCAACAACUGGAGGGACUUUAAUGUAACUCUGAAACAAGAGGAAGAGUCAAAGGGAUGAUGGUUGUGGUUUAAACAAGACUUAUUGUAUUUUUUUUCAUGAUGGAAUGCCAGAAUUUGCCUUUUUGAAAAUGCAUUCACCAGCAAACCCAUUGCUAGACGCCCAAGCUGUGCCUGGUUAGGUUUCCGAUUCAGACUGAAAAGCUGAGUCACUGCUGAUUGCAUUUACGGAUCGAAACUUUUCAAGAAGCAGCUCUCGUCAUCUUCAAACCAUUUCCUGCCUCUGCUCUCUAAUAGCCCUGUAGUUUAUUUCUGCUUACAGAAGCUCAUUAACUGCUUUUUACUGGCCUCGCUCUGUUGCAUUUUCUGGUCACUGAAGUCUGAACCUUUGCUCUCACUAAUGUAUACUUAUUGUGAGUAAUUCUGGGUAUGAAUGUUGAGUGAAUUCCUUCGAAAAGGAAAGAAAACGUGCCUCUGGCCUUCCAUUCAUUUGUGGACAACUGAAUGUGGAGAACGAGGCAUGUGACCUCAGACAACAGUGAGCACGUGAGUCAUUAAUCUGCCCUUCUGAGCAGCCUGGGGUGGGUAUCCGAUGGUGUUUCGCCGACGUGGCACACUGACUCAGUUACACAUCACAUGGGGAGGCCUUUUCGGAAAUCUUUCACAUUUCCUCUGGUUAAUCUGCUGGUCCAACAACCUUUCUGUUGUGUGUAAAUGUCCAGAGAUUAAACCUUCGUCAGCUGUA